UAUGCACGCUCUUUUGCCUUGGACUUCACGUAACAUGAACGAGAGCGGUGGAAUUGUACAAUAGGUGACUCCAAGAAGCCAAGUUAUUGUCCGAAGUCCAUGCUGUUUAACGCAGCCUCUUUAGUGGGGACAUUAUACGCUUGUGAAUUCAGAUCAACUUUGAAUAAGCUUGGAAAUAAUAACGUUACUUAAUAACGGAAUUAGUUAGUUUGGCGCUUACAUUUUAGGGACAGGCUGGGUGGUUUGCGGGCUAAACUGUUAAGUUCCACGCGCCAUGCAGCGCCACGUACAUGUUUGAAUGGUAUUAAUGUGUAAUGGGCAAAUAUUUGAUGUUGCCGUGAGGUGUAUGUGUGGGACGAUUAUAUUGCUGACGACUGGCAUCGGCUGCGACUCGGUGUCAUCCUCUAACGUUACUGCCGUGUUUGGCGGUAAAACGCGGAGUUAUCAGAUUGAAAAUGAGAUUUUAUUGAGAUACAACGCUCUUCAUUGUGUUAUAUGCAGGCCGAAUUAACCAUGCUUCCAGACAAUGUAAAUAGGCAUGUGAGAUCGCUUUGCAGCUCCAGCAAUGAGCAGUGACAUCUUAAAUCGACUGACGUGUAAGUGGGGUUUGGUGUAGCCGCACUGCACUGUACGCCUAGUUAAAGGGAGUUGCUGUGUCAGAUUGCAGCGUGCCGUGGAAGAUGUCCUGGGAUGAGCUGGAAGCGCUGUGUCGCAGAGAGAGGCUCUACUGUCAGCAGCUCGGAGUGAAGAGAGCCAACGUCAACGAGUUUGAUGUGGAAUUCCUCUGCGACUACAAGAGGACGAAGGAGGAGGAGUUCUACCUGGUAAAGUGGAAGGGCUUCCCAGAGUCUGAUAACACCUGGGAACCCAAGAGGAACCUCAAAUGCCCCAAACUGAUGAAGCAGUUCCACUUUGACCUGGAUCAGGAGCUGAGGCGCCACAAGAGACGCUGCACCCCUAAAAAACUGGAUAAGGAAGUUGCCUCAUUCCUCGUCCAAAAAGCCAAAGUUCGUAAGCAUCUGCAGCGCUGGGAGGCCCAUUUGAACCAGACACGCAACCACCCGGGUCGCAUUUAUGUCAUGAACGAAGUGGACCUUGAGGGCCCCCCAAAAAACUUCAGAUACAUCAACAACUACAAAGUAGGCCAGGGCAUCGUGUUGGAUGAGAUGGCUGUGGGCUGUGAGUGUAAGAACUGUUUGGAGAAGCCCAUAAAUGGCUGCUGCCCUGGGGCCUCCCUGCACCGCAUGGCCUACAAUGACAGGGGGCAGGUCCGGGUCCGGCCGGGACAGCCCAUAUACGAGUGUAACUCCCGAUGCAGCUGUAGCCCCGACUGUCCUAACAGAGUGGUGCAGAAGGGCAUCCAGUUCGACCUGUGCAUCUUUAAAACGGAGAACGGCCGGGGAUGGGGUGUCCGCACACUGCAGCACAUCAAGAAGAACACGUUCAUCAUGGAGUAUGUGGGAGAGAUCAUCACAACCGAUGAAGCAGAGAGGAGGGGUCAUGUGUACGACCGCCAGGGCUCCACAUACCUGUUUGACCUGGACUAUGUGGAGGACGUGUACACGGUGGACGCAGCUCACCAAGGCAACAUCUCCCACUUUGUGAACCACAGCUGUAACCCCAAUCUGCAGGUAUUUAAUGUGUUCAUCGACAACAUUGAUGAGAGGCUCCCAAGAAUCGCUUUAUUUUCAACACGGGCUAUUCGGGCAGGAGAGGAGCUCACCUUUGACUACAAGAUGCAAAUUGAUCCAGUGGACACAGAAAGCACUAAAAUGGACUCCAGCUUCAGUGUAGCAGGGCUCCCCAGCUCUCCCAAGAAGAGGAUUCGAGUGGAGUGUCGGUGUGGAUCGGACUCGUGUCGGAAAUACCUGUUCUGACAAAGGACUGCUGGGAACGCAUCACUCUCAUCUGUGUCGAGAUGGACACAACUGUACAGAUUUGUAUAUGAAUUUUUUAAUUACCUUUUUGUUUAUGAAAGCUAAAAUUCACCAUUAACUUUUUAAAUGUGAACUUGACAAACCCUUCCUAGAUGAAAGCCACAGUCCUUGGACAGAAUGGAGAGCCUCUUGUUCCCAGUGAUUUGGGGCUGCAUCAGUGGAUUACUGGAAUGCCUGAUCCAGUGAUUUUAAACAAAUAGCUCAGUGAGCAUGUACAUUAGCUCUAGAAAUGUAUUCUACCACAACAGGACCAUUUGCCCAAGUCUUUUCAUCACUUAAAUGAUGAUUCCAGGUUAUUACAGUUUUAUUCUACCAGUGAAAACGUUAUUCUCUCAGUGUAGUCGCUGAGAUCUGGGAACACAACCACAUCAUCAAAGCAACACGAGCAGGUCUGAGUCAAACUCCGUUUCACAGAGAAAACAUCCUUCACAGUUUACAGACACCCACUUCCUGCUUCAGCUUUGACCUGCUGUACUUACUGUAGUGUGCUGUGCAAUGAGGAAUUAGUAGCAAGUCCAGUCCAGCCUCUAGAGAAAGACGUUUAACUAAUCAGGAUCAGUGUGAUCUUCUGACGGCUCGUCUUCACCUCCUGGGAUUCUUUUUGUGCUCACAGAUCUCCGUUAUUUACUUGGUGAGUGCAAAGUCACAACUAGUAGACAUGAUGGACAAAAGUAUACAAAUGAGAUCCAAGUUGAAACAGUCUGGAAUGAUGUUUUUAAACUACUGCAUAGUUUUAAUGGUCCACUUCACCCUGUGUUGAUGUCUUGAACGGUUCACACCUGAGUUCCAGAACGUCAACACUGAGCUCAGAGGACAUUUAAUCAGUAAUUCUCAGCUGCUCGCAAAUGACUCCUUUGUGUUUUGUUACUUCGAUUGACUUAAAUGAUCAAACAUGGUCACAACAGGUACCACACUCUACUGAAAUACUGGGUCCGGAUAAAGGGCCAGUGCUGGGUUUGCUCAUACAGAUUGAACAGGCUGUUCUUGUACCAUACACCAUGUGUAUCCCCAAUCGCUCCCAUGACGACUGAUAGAAGAGGCUCAGUGUCUUAGAACUCAGCAGGUAAAUCUAUCUGCAUGGCCAACAGGGAAAAGUCCAAACAUGUCUUGGUGAUUAUGGUGAAGAGAUGGGAUCACAAUGAUGUUUUUUUAUCUGUACAGUAUCUAUUCUGUGGUCAGUAGGUGAGUCUCUUACCGUGUUUACAUUUAAACGCUGUAGUUGUUGGUACUUCAGUGCAUGACUUUUUUAUAGGUGGAGAAGAAAAAUAAUGUAAAUAAAUGGAUCGAAGAUAA